UCGGCAUUGCCAUCGCCAGUAUGGCGGCACUCUGCUUUAGUUUCUGCAAGAUUUAGCGAAUGUUUUCCUUGUUUUCCUGGUUUGUCGCACGUGUCUUCUUAGAGAUUCGGUUGGAAGUAAGUCAAUUUACAGAAACAUUAACACGUGUGAAGGUUCGCACUUCAUCUUCUUUUCACUCGUGUGUUUUCUUGGCAAGUUUUGGUUACGAUACCUUGCCGUGCUCUUGUCAGUACCAAAUGAGCACGGAGAAACCAGUCGUCGGCUCUAGAGUCAAUCAGCUUGACGCUGUUGAACUCGACGAUGAAUUGUUUGCGCUAUUCAGGAACAAGCUCAGUGACGUGUUCAGGCACGUGGGCGGAAACUUCUACCCGACUUUCGAACCUGAGAUUAAGGCCAUCCUGAAGGCAAUUCUCUAUGGGUUCACUUUGUAUGAGUGUGGGGCUACAGUAGGCCAGAGGCUCCUGGGGCUAGAGUUCUUCGCAAGCGGAACAAGCCUCAGUCGCAUUACUAGACGCCAGACAUGUGCCCUCAUUCUUCUCGGCAUCGGGCUGCCCUGGUUCCGGGAACGAUGCCUGAAGAUUUUUCUCCGCGUUCUUCCUCAAGUGCAGAGUAACACGGUGGAACAUGGAAUUCGUCACAUAGAAACAGCUGUCCGCAUGGCUUCUGUUAUCAACUUUGUCUUGUUUCUGGUUCGAGGGAGCUACUGCUCACUAAGCAACAGGAUUGUCGGUGUUGUCAAUGGCCACGCUACACGACCUCUGUUGCGUGAGGUUCAGUUUGACUUCAUGAACCGGGAGCUUCUGUGGCAUGGCUUUGCGGAGUUCAUUGGCUUUCUUCUUCCUCUGGUCAACGUGUACCCUGCCAAGAACUUUGUGAGUCGGAAAUUACUGCGUCGUAAGUUGCGUCCAACGAAUCCAAGCGCGAGGACGCAGGGAGACAUGGCUGAGUGUGGAAUCUGCGGCAGCUGUCCCACGCAACCACAUGAGAUUGGUUGUAAGCACGUCUUCUGCUACUAUUGCAUUGCGAGCCAAGUCACAGCUGAUGCAAAAUACUCUUGUCCACUCUGCAAUUGCCCCUCUAUGGGGACUGGAGAACAUCAGGAAAGCGGCACUUCCCUUCGGCACGAGCUGAUGAAGCAGCAGUCCAUUAAAACACAAAUUCAGGUUGACACUGCUCUGAGCGUUGGUGUUGAGGCAAUAUCUUGGACAGCAAAAGGACGCCACACUGCUUUCCACACGCUAUGUACACUAUGUACAGAUGGAUUCCAAGAUGUUUUCCUUGGGAGCGCUGGUCAUCACCGCUUCAGUGGCCGUUCUGCAAAGAAAGAAUGAUACAGUGAGCUGGCUCCAAAUGUGAAUGUGCUGCUUUGAAUGUAGAGCACGUACAUUAACUGCUAAUGAUCUUUCAGCAACAUAUUACGUAUACGAUGAGUAGUUCAUUGUAACAAUACUUAUCGCUAUAUGUAUGUGGAGUGGGCUCAGCAGCUUUUACUUGAUAUUUCUUUCUUGCCCACCCUGCUCGCUGAGGAUUUAUACACUGUGAUAAGGUACAUUCCAGUUAAAUUAUUUUACUUCUUUUUUAAUGUGUGUAUGCAACAUUCAAGGUUUUAGGUAUACUCGCAGACAACUUUCCAUGGCAUUGAAGGGAAAGCUACAAAAGCAAAAAUCUUCCAGAAGAAGUGCUCUUGAAAAGAGUCCCACAUUCUCAUCCACGUUAGUUUAAGCUGGAGAAGAGAAAACAUUCACAUCUUAUUUACAAUAGCAAUACAACACAAAAUUUACUACUGAGUGCUGAAUUUAACUUAUAUUUUCCUGCUUGUCUCUUCUGCAUUUGGGUAAAUGCUAAGUCAUGGCAUGUAGAAGCUACGCUGAUUCAGUAAUCUGCUCCAAGAAAGCAAAAGCAUUGUCAAACACUGCUGGACGACUUGGCUUUCCCUUCACUGGUACAGAAAGUUGUCCACAGGUAUAGUGUGCUAACUUUUGUGCUUGUUGUGUACGAUUGCGAUUGUGCAUAGAUUAAGAGCAGAUAACAGUGCACUCAAAAAGUUUAUAGUCAGCUGAGACAAAUACUGAAACUGCCAGAAAGAACAAAAGCUGGGCUCUCGUAUUCACUUAUUUUAGUUGUCCUGUCUAGAACUAGCUCUCGCUUACUACAAAUGCCGAUGCCAGCAUGACUGUUUGAAUAGACAAGCUGCAGAGAGCGGGACAUCACAAAGACGUGACAGUGCUGCCAUUACAUUUCAUGCAGGAGAAUAAAAGCUUUGGUUCUCUAUUGGCAUGCAGUUUUCUUGGCAGUAGUGAUUAAUAGACAUGGUCAAGUUUCCAAGAGCUGCUUUGCAAAGAUAAUUGUUUGAAGGAGCAAACAUGCAUGUAGCUUUGUGUAUGGUCUGGCCCCGCCACAAGUUUGACGACUGCAGUGUUACCAUGCCGAUGUUGGUAUAGUAACAGUGACUGAAGGUUCACUGUAAUCUGGGGCAGCUACUCUUUGCUCUUCUCUUUACAUUUAGUUUCAUUUUUUAAAAAUCGGCUUAAGUCAAGGAAGGCCAUGAAACUGGGAGGGUGUGAAAGGGAUACCGGUAAAGGUACUGUUUUAGUUAUGGUCUCCAGUUUUAGGAUCUUUCACGCUUUUAUUGUCUUCAGGCAUGCAUCUAUUAGUUUAUGGCUCAGCGUGGUGUGUGUUCAGUUCCUCAGUGCAAUGGGUACAUUUUAGAGCCCACUGCUCAAAAACAAAUAUCAAAAUUUGUUUUUGUGUUCCUUAGAACUCUUUGUGCAUGUGUUUUUGAAUGCAACAUAAUUAUCCUUUAUUAAGAGAAAAACUAGCUCCGAGGAAAUGUUCAUAAAUUCUGUGACAUCAUGAAUUGGUGGGGCUGAAAUACUAAAGGUGGCAUCACCGCCCAUCUUUCAUUCUUGCCUUCUUUCUGGAGCAUCAAGCCUCAACUCACGUUGAGACUAACGCAUUUGUAUGUCUUAAAGUCUAAUGUACAAAUGAAAUAAAUUUCUUAUUAACAUCCCUUUAAUAGCAACAUAAAAAAAAUAUAAUGGUUUGGUCUUCUGCCUUCUUUUGUAACGCACCGCAACACCAGGCAUACUUACUGCGAUCAAAGCUUUUUUCUGUUGAGAUCUUGCAUUCCACGGAGCCUUGCUUGCAAGUACUAUAAAAACAAAAACAAAAAAACACACUUAAGCAAUCUGGGUCACACUCGCUGGCAUGUGCACUCUGAGUGAUGUGUCUGAGAUAUUGAGAUAUCAAUAUCUUCAGAAUUUGAGUUAAUUUGUUUAUACCUGUAACAAGUUUCGGGGACAACAAAGCAGGGAAUUUAGGCUGGAUUCGCAAGACUUUGCUUACAUGUACUGUAUUAACGCAAAUUUAAGUGCCCCAUACUGUCCUAUCUCAUCUAGGCACGGUUUUAAUGCGAAGCAUUCUUUGCCUCAUUCUUAGCACUUUGCGGUAGGUAGGUAGGUUCCUGUCCCACCUCGUUUUAAGAAAAAUGAAAUAAUGUGUGAUCGAUGUGGGAAUUUAAACUCUGCCAUCGAGCACAGCAGUCAGGCGUUCUAACCAUUAAGCCACGAUCGCACGCAUUAUUCUAGCUAUCCAAAGCCAGCCAGUUCUUUGAAACACUCGGCGGGUGCCCCCUGUGCCACUUUGUUGUCUUCUUUCCUUGUGACAGUUCGCGCUUUGAGUUGCCACAUUAGACUGCACUAUCUUUGGGACUGGCCCACUUUGCCCUGUACUUUCUUCGUAGCAGCUUGCGCUACGUAGAAACUGUGCGACGUACAGACCUCAUGAUCGCCCAGGUUAAUCAAGUGUUAACAUUUCUUUGCCGAAAGUACAAACGCCAUCGGCGUUUCAACAUACACCGAAAUAGCCACAUGUGCAUACAAUUGUAUAACACGUAGUCACGGACGACAUCGCAAUCUGUGUUUCUCUCGUUACGUUCAUCCACUACCCAUGUAGAACCCAACAAUCGCCAUGUCGUAGGCUCGCACCGAACGGCCGUCAUACGAUCUUCUACUACGGGGUUGCCAUCUUGCUGCUGUUGUCGCACACACGUAUGCUCAUGGCCCGCACAAACUCAAUUUACAGGAACACACUGGUCUACAUGGUAUCUUUUUGCCGGAUCCCAAACAAUGCUAGAUAGCCAGGUACCUGCAAAAUGCUAUGCACAACAUAGAUUCCCACAUUGCGUGGAAUCUGCGCAAUUUCUUUAGAUACCCUGCACCACUUUCAUGUUGAACAAAUUGGGACAAAUGGCACAACUUUGUGUUAGUGGCGUCAGUACACUUUAUGAUUGGUUAGCACGUGAGCUGUCUUAUCUAUGUUGUUUUCAUUUGACAUGAGCUAUCUACAGCUUUCUAUGUGUCUGCCUACCACAGAGGGCACCUAUGUAGGAGGUCCUUUGCAGAUUCGGUUGCUCCUAUUUGCAGCUUGUGCGUGGCCACUUUCAAUGCUCUUUUCGUAUGAAACAAUUCUAGUGUACAAAAACGGAGAGGAUAUAACUUGAGCAGCAAGAACUGCCCCUUUAAGACAAGUAAUGGACCACAUUACUUUACCUAAGUAUUCCGCAAGUGAAUUUUGAAGGCAGCUCUUAUGAAAUAAGUCAGUCACAUUCAUUAUCUUGAUGAACAAAAUUUUACAUUUGCUCACAAGAAGCUAAAACACCUGAGAACUCACUGAAUAUACACAUGCAUAGGAAGCUGAAAAGUGCCUUAGAAUGGGAUGAAAUUAAAUAUUCAGUAUGGCUGUUAUUGCAAGGCACAUUGUAUUGUGCUUCUGGUGAACUUAUGUUACAUAGAACAUGCAACCUUUUAGAAGUAAACACACAGUGUCACUGAUGUAUUCAUGGUGCGGCUUCAAUGACACUGCCUUACCAUCCAGUGAUGUAUGGCUUCUGCUUGAACUCUUCCAUGCUCUUGUAUUGCUCUUUGGUUAGGAUGCAGCCACCAGGAAGGAAUACUGCAUGAAAAGAGGGACAAAAAUUGAAACAUUGAGCAGGCUCCACAGUGUACUUCGUUCGAUCCCUAAUUCUGAGCAAUGUGAAGAAAGCAAUUUCAGAGGCAAUACAGGAAUAGAACCAGCUUCCAGACAAUGCUGCUACCAUAACUCAUAAUGAUAAUUUUUUUCUCUUCCCUGUGAUAAUGUGGACACCGGUUAUUGUGUUGUUUUUUUUUUCAAUAUGUAUUUACUGUUUCAUGUGUAAUUUUGCAUAAAUUUCGUAUACUGGCUAUGAAUGUUUGUCAUCUGUGCUGCUUUAUGUUCUAUGCUACCUCCUUCGCCUAUGUAAUGCCUUGUGGUGAUGUAGGUAAAGCGUAAAUAACUAAAUAAGUGAAGAUCUCCAGAAAUUGCACAUCUGAUACCGAUGUCACACGGGCACUUUCAAACACAGUUGAGCCCAAUAGGAAUUUAAUUUCUCAACACCAAUUGCCUCCUUUGCACAAGUUACGAAAGGGAGCCAAUCACGAUCAAGAAAUUCAAUCCUGAUCGGGCUGGAUCACAUUUGAAAGUGCUCCGUGUGACCACGAUAGUAUAUUGUUGCAUCUGUACCUGUAACUGUUUCCACAGUAUUAUGUCGAACAUGUAUAUUGUGCGUUCAGCAACCAACCACUGGAGCUGCAUUUACAUUGCAAAAGAUGGAACUAAAAGAAAAUGUCAGUACGUAUGUGUUUGAACAUGUUUUAGUGAUUCCGAAUCUACAUGCAGUGAAAACUCACAACUGUGGAUCAGUGGCCCUGACGGUCUGUUGUUGAGGAUGAAGUUGGGAGUUCAGUGCCUAGCCGUGGUGGGGGGACCACUAUCUGGUGGGAGCAAAAUGCACCCCCCCCCCCCCACCCCUGGUGCUUGUAUUUAGGUGGAUGAUAAAUGAGCCGAAGUUGUCAAUAUGAAUCCAAAGCCAUCUAUUAUGGUGUCUCUUAUACAUAGGCUACUGUGUUGUUUUAGAGACCCAGAACAAGUUCAAACAAGUUCACACUGUAAAAAAAAAAAAGCACCUUCCAAGGUACUGUUAAAAAAUAAAGUAGGCUUCUCAUCGCAGUUGAUUGCCAGGUGUGGCAUUUUGCUGUUGAGCUUAUGUUGGUGUGGUCAAUUCCCACCGUUGCAAUUUUUACCUGAGGAGUGUCCACAAUUUUAUACCAUUUAGUUGUGCUCGUAUGCAGCAUGGUAACUUGUUCAAAUUAAGGAAUGAGUUUUGUUGUAUUUGUGUGUGUGCAAGGGUUUGUGUGAGCAUACGUAAACACGUACAUACAGUAGACUUCCAAUAAUGUGGCUCUGGUUAUUUCGAUCUCAACCGAAGGUCCUGGGACCUGCCGUGGUGGCU